GGGGUCUCACGCAGCCGGGAGGCGCGGCACGCAUGCUCAGUCCCGCGCUUCCCCGGGCGGGCGGGGGACCCGGCGCCGGGAGGCGGGGGCAGGAGCGCUCACGCAGCCGCCCCGACUGGAGCGGGCUCGGCGGCUGCAGCAUCGCUCAGCGCCGGGGCCCUGCCGGAGCCGGGUCUAGCAUGUGCCGCGGCUCCCCGGCGGUGGCGGUAGCUCCUCUGCAGCAGCGGCAGCAACAGCAGCCGCCAUGGCCAAGUCCAGCACGGAGCUCACCCGCGAGCUGCAAGACAGCAUCCGGAGGUGCCUGAGCCAAGGGGCUGUGCUCCAGCAACAUCGCGUGAAGCUGGAGACAAAGCCCAAGAAGUUUGAGGACCGAGUGCUGGCCCUGACCUCCUGGCGCCUCCACCUCUUCCCCCUGAAAGUCCCAGCUAAGGUGGAGAGCUCCUUCAAUGUCCUGGAGAUCCGGGCCUUCAACACACUCAGUCAGAACCAGAUCCUAGUGGAGACAGAACGAGGCAUGGUGAGCAUGCGGCUGCCAUCAGCUGAGAGUGUGGACCAAGUGACGCGACAUGUGAGCUCAGCCCUCUCCAAGGUCUGCCCUGGCCCUGGGUGUCUAAUCCGGCGUGGAAAUGCAGACACUCCAGAAGGGCCCCGAGACACAUCCCCCAACUCUGAGACUUCCACAUCUACCACUCACAGUGUGUGUGGUGGCUUCUCCGAGACCUACGCUGCCCUGUGUGACUACAAUGGGCUGCACUGCCGGGAGGAGGUGCAAUGGGAUGUGGACACCAUCUAUCAUGCCGAGGAUAACCGCGAGUUCAACCUUUUAGAUUUCAGCCACUUGGAGAGCCGAGACUUGGCCCUAAUGGUGGCAGCCCUGGCCUACAACCAGUGGUUCACCAAACUCUACUGCAAGGACCUGCGGCUGGGCUCUGAAGUGCUAGAACAGGUGCUACAUACCCUGAGCAAGUCGGGGAGCCUCGAAGAGCUGGUGCUGGACAACGCUGGACUGAAGACGGACUUUGUCCAGAAGCUGGCCUGCGUGUUUGGGGAGAACGGAAGCUGUGUGCUACAUGCCCUCACUCUGUCCCACAAUCCCAUCGAGGACAAGGGUUUCCUCAGUCUGAGCCAGCAGCUCCUCUGCUUCCCCACGGGCCUCACCAAACUGUGCCUGGCCAAGACCGCCAUUUCCCCUCGAGGGCUCCAGGCGCUGGGCCAGACCUUCGGGGCCAACCCGGCCUUUGCCAGCUCCCUUCGAUACCUGGACCUGAGCAAGAACCCUGGGCUGCUUGCCACAGACGAGUCCAAUGCCCUGUACAGUUUCCUGGCCCAGCCCAACGCUCUGGUGCACCUGGACCUGGCAGGGACUGACUGUGCCAUUGACUCGCUUCUGGGUGCCCUGCUCCAUGGCUGCUGCUCCCACCUAACCUACCUCAACCUGGCGCGUAACAGCUGCUCUCACAGGAAGGGCCGGGAGGCCCCACCAGCCUUCAAGCAGUUCUUCAGCAGCGCCUACACGCUGAGCCACGUCAACCUGUCUGCCACAAAGCUGCCCCUGGAGGCCCUCAGGUCGGGUGGGUGCAGGGCUGGGGGAGCGUCCACGGGGAGCCAUGAGAGAAGGGGCGAGAGGUGCAAGUGGGCCUGCUGGCCUUCCCCCCACAGGGCGCUGCUGCAGGGCCUCUCCCUCAACAGCCACCUCAGUGAUCUGCACCUGGACCUCAGCGGCUGUGAGCUCCGCUCAGCAGGAGCCCAGGCUUUGCAAGAGCAAUUGGGGGCUGUCACCUGUGUGGGCAGCCUGGAUCUGUCAGACAAUGGGUUUGACUCCGACCUCCUGACACUGGUGCCCGCACUUGGCAAGAACAAGUCCCUCAAGCACCUGUUCCUGGGCAAGAACUUCAAUGUCAAGGCCAAGACCCUGGAGGAGAUCCUCCACAAGCUGGUGCAGAUGAUCCAGGAAGAGGACUGUUCCCUGCAGUCACUGUCUGUGGCAGACUCCCGGCUGAAGCUGCGCACCAGCAUCCUCAUCAAUGCCCUGGGCAGCAACACCUGCCUGGCCAAGGUGGAUCUGAGCGGCAAUGGCAUGGAGGACAUUGGGGCCAAGAUGCUGUCUAAGGCCCUGCAGAUAAACUCCUCCCUCAGAACUAUCCUGUGGGAUCGGAACAAUACAUCUGCCCUGGGCUUUCUGGACAUUGCGAGGGCCCUGGAGAGCAACCACACGCUGCGCUUCAUGUCCUUCCCCGUGAGCGACAUCUCCCAAGCCUACCGCAGCGCCCCGGAGCGCACUGAGGACGUCUGGCAGAAGAUCCAGUGGUGCUUGGUGAGGAACAACCACUCCCAGACGUGUCCCCAGGAGCAGGCCUUCAGGCUGCAGCAGGGCCUGGUGACCAGCAGCGCCGAGCAAAUGCUGCAGCGGCUGUGUGGACGCGUGCAGGAGGAGGUCCGGGCCCUGAGGCUGUGCCCCCUGGAACCCGUGCAGGAUGAGCUGCUCUACGCUCGGGACCUCAUCAAAGACGCCAAGAACUCCCGGGCGCUGUUUCCCAGCCUCUAUGAGCUGGGGCACGUGCUGGCCAACGACGGGCCUGUGCGGCAGAGGCUGGAGUCUGUAGCCAGUGAGGUGUCCAAGGCUGUGGACAAGGAGCUGCAGGUGAUCCUGGAGUCCAUGGUCAGCCUCACGCAGGAGUUAUGUCCCGUGGCCAUGCGGGUAGCUGAGGGGCACAACAAGAUGCUGAGCAAUGUGGCCGAGCGCGUCACUGUGCCCCGAAACUUCAUCCGCGGGGCGCUGCUGGAGCAGGCCGGCCAGGACAUUCAGAACAAGCUGGAUGAAGUGAAGCUCUCAGUCGUCACCUACUUAACCAACUCCAUAGUGGAUGAGAUCCUGCAGGAGCUAUACCACUCACACAAGAGCCUGGCCCGGCACCUGGCCCAGCUAAGGACACUAUCAGAUCCAUCAGGGGGACCGGGCCAAGGGCAGGAUCUGUCCUCCCGGGGCCGGGGCCGGGGCCGUAACCAUGACCACGAGGAGACCACAGAUGAUGAACUUGGGACUAACAUCGACACCAUGGCCAUCAAAAAGCAAAAACGCUGCCGCAAGAUCCGGCCAGUGUCCGCCUUCAUUAGUGGGAGCCCUCAGGACAUGGAAAGCCAGCUGGGGAGUCUGGGGAUCCCUCCUGGUUGGUUCUCAGGACUCGGGAACAGCCAGCCCACUGCCAGUGGCUCCUGGGAAGGUCUAUCCGAGCUUCCCACUCACGGCUAUAAACUAAGGCAUCAAACACAAGGCAGACCCCGGCCCCCCAGGACCACCCCUCCAGGACCUGGUCGGCCCAGUGUGCCCGUGCCUGGGACACGUCAGGAGAAUGGGAUGGCCACCCGCUUGGAUGAGGGGCUGGAGGACUUCUUCAGCCGAAGGGUCAUGGAUGAGAGUUCCAGCUGCCCUCGGACCCUGCGGCCCCUGCGGCCAGGCCUCCCGGAGCCUCCACUGCCUCCACUGCAGAAGAAGAGGCGCCGAGGCCUGUUUCACUUUCGUCGGCCCCGGAGCUUCAAGGGGGACAGGGGGCCAGGGUCCCCCACCACUGGACUCCUCCUCCCUCCACCCCCACCCCCACCCCCAACUCAGGAGAGCCCCCCCAGCCCAGACCCUCCCAGCCUCGGCAACAACUCUUCCCCCUGCUGGAGCCCAGAGGAGGAGAGCGGCCUGCUCCCUGGACUGGGGGGGAACCGGGGGCCUUCCUUCCGCAGGAAGAUGGGUUCUGAGGGGUCAGAGCCAGGGGAGGGGGGCCAGGCCCCUGGGACAGCACAACAGCCAAGAGUCCAGGGUGUUGCCCUUCCUGGGUUGGGAAGAACCAAAGGUUGGAGCUUCGAUGGGAAACAAGAGGGCACAAGCCCAGACCUGGAGGACAGCGUCCAGGCUUGGCAGAAACGGCGCUCUUCGGAUGAUGCAGGGCCUGGAGCCUGGAAGCCGCCACCACCACCUCAAAGCACCAAGCCGAGCUUCAGCGCCAUGCGCCGUGCAGAGGCCACCUGGCACAUAGCUGAGGAGAGUGCCCCCAACCACAGCUGCCAGAGCCCCAGUCCCUCCUCCCAGGAUGGGGAGGAGGAGAGGGAGAGGACCGUUCCCGCUAGGAAUGCCAAGGACCCCCCGUUAGCUCCACGGCCCCCCAAGCCAGUGGCUGUGCCCAGGGGCCGCCGUCCCCCCCAGGAGCCAGGGGGCAGGGAAGAGGCUGAGGCUGGGGGUGCAGCCCCAGGAAUGAACAAACCCCGGCUGAGGCUGGGCUCACAGCAGGACCAAGAGGAGUCCGAGGUCCAAGGGCUCUUAGAUCCAGGCCGCCGGACUGCCCCCCUGAAGCCCAAGAGGACACGGCGGGCACAGUCCUGUGACAAGCUGGAGCCUGAUAGAAGACGGCCCCCUGACUCCACAGGUGCCGGUGGGUGGGCCAGAGGGCAGUUCCCCUUCCCACCCUCCUGUCCAACAUGGCGCACCCGAUACGGGCGGCUGGCUCUCCCUGCCCAGGAAACAGGGCUCCCUGGAUUUGUCCCCAGCAGGAACCAGUGAGCCAGGAACAGACUGACAGCCGCUGCUGCACCCUCCCCAGCCCUCCCCUCGACAUGUGCCUCACAAGGACUGACCCCCUACCCCCUGCACCUCCAGGCCCCUCUGCCAGCCCAUCCCACAGGGGCUGAAUGGCAAGAUGAGGUGUGGGGGCGAGAGGGGGACAGGGAGGGAGGGAGCAACCUGGAAAGAGGGAGGCUCUGAAUGCCGGCUCCCUCAACAGAGAGUCGGGGUGGGGGGCAUCUCCCUCCCUGGAGGGCAGAUCUAUCCCUCUACCCCCAGGGGCUCUCUCCCCACUUGUAUAGAAUAAAAAGAA